CAUAAAGUAACCAAUAUAAUAUUAGUAAAACAAAGCCAAGUUUUUGUAAUAGGAACGAGUAUUAUAGAUAUGGUUUUAUUUGGGGUGUUAUUGUUGGUCAAUGCCCUUCUCCUCGUCGAUGCCUCAAGAAAUAUGCCAUUCACUUACCAAAAUCAAUUGCAAAGGCAUUGUAGCUCCACAAAGUACACUUCACUUUGUGUCCAAACCUUACGAGAGUUUCGACAUGAAUCUCUUCAAGGUCUCGACUUUGUGUCUUUUCUUGUUAACAAGACUAUCUCUGAUUCCAAUAUGAUCAUUCCUCCUCUCUCCUCUUCGAUGGGUUCCUACGAAUUCGUUUCCCUGGAACAUUCCACAGAUACGUUGCCAUCAGCUGCGGUCUCAGAGUCAUGUGAACGGCUCAUGAAGAUGUCCACAAAAAGACUUCAGCAAGCCAUGGAAGCUCUCAACGGCUCAUCGAGAAUGCGUCACACCAAACACGACGUCCAAACCUGGCUCUCCGCCGCCAUGACUUUCCAACAAUCAUGCAAAGACUCUGUCCUUGACUCCGGUGGCUCCUCCUCCGCCACCAUCAGCCACAUAACACAAAAAAUGGACCACCUCUCUCGGCUUGUCAGCAACUCCUUAGCCCUUCUCGACACAAUCAUGGAGGAUCCAAAGUCAAAUCCAAAGUCUACCGUUCUUCCACGGUGGGUCUCGGCCGGAGAACGGAGACUUCUUGUAAGUCGAACGCCUAGAACUAGAGCACACGUGGUAGUCGCCAAAGACGGAUCCAGUGAUUACCGUACCGUGAUGGAGGCUGUCAUGGCUGCCAACGGGAAUGGAAGAUUCAUAAUUUACGUGAAAAGAGGCAUAUACAAUGAGAAAGUAAGAAUCGAAAAAGAUGAGAUCACUUUGAUCGGAGAAGGCAAAGACUUGACGGUGAUUGUAGGCGAUGAUAGCGUCGCCGGAGGAACUUCCGUGCCGGAAACCGCUACAAUGACGGUAACGGGUGACGGAUUCAUCGGACGGGAUAUCGGAAUCAAGAACACGGCAGGGACUCAAGGAAAACAAGCCAUAGCAUUAAGCAUCACAUCAGACCGGUCAGUGUUAUAUAGAUGCAGCAUCUCCGGUUACCAAGACACACUUUACGCAGCUGCUCUGCGACAGUUCUAUAGAGAAUGCGACAUAUACGGAACCAUAGAUUUCAUAUUCGGAAACGCGGCUGCGGUUUUCCAAAGCUGCAACAUGUUCCUGCGUCGCCCUAACGACGUCAAGGCCUAUAACGUUAUUCUUGCUAACGGGAGGACGGACCAGCGUCAAAAUACCGGAUUCGCCCUUCAUAGCUGUAGGAUACGUACUGAUUCAGAGUUCUCGGCCGUGAAACAUAGGUAUAGCUCGUACUUGGGACGGCCGUGGAAGAAGUAUUCGAGGUCUAUAGUGAUGGAAACGUACAUCGACGAUGCGAUCGCGGAGGAAGGAUGGGCCGGGUGGUUAAACUCCGGAGACGAAGUACUAAAGACAUUGUACUUUGGAGAGUUCAAGAAUUAUGGUCCUAAAGCUAGAGUUUCCAAGAGAGUGACGUGGCAAGGGUUUCACUUGAUUGGGUUCGAAGAGGCAAGUUAUUUUAGCGUUGGUAAAUUUAUUGAUGGAGUUUCUUGGUUGCCCUCUACCGGAAUCAGUUUCGCUUCCGGGAUUUAGUUUAAGAGAAAAAUGAGGGAAAACAAGAAGAAGAGAAAAUUGGGAGAAGAUAUGACGAACGGUUUGAAGUAUAAGAUUAUUAUAACAUACGAUUCACGGAGAUUAACAUCGAAUGUUAAAAUCAGCUUUAUAUGGUAAACAUAUUUAUAGUAAUUGCAACAUCAUGAUGCUUGAAA